AUUUCAUCGACGACCCAUUCUAUAUAUCAUGUUAUUAGGGUAACCGACUCCAUCAAUCGUCGCGCCGAAACCAGCAAAACCAAGAGCAUCAAAGAGCUCCAGUCAUGGCGGUCGGUAAAAACAAGAGAAUCUCCAAGGGGAAAAAGGGUGGCAAGAAGAAGACUGUAGAUCCCUUCUCUAAGAAGGAUUGGUAUGACAUCAAAGCUCCGUCAGUCUUCAGCGUCAGGAGCGUUGGGAAGACCCUUGUCUCUAGGACGCAGGGAACGAAGAUUGCUUCUGAGGGACUCAAGCACAGAGUUUUUGAGGUUUCUUUAGCUGACCUUCAGAACGAUGAGGAUCAGGCCUACAGGAAGAUCCGACUUCGUGCAGAGGAUGUACAAGGAAAGAAUGUCCUGACUAAUUUCUGGGGAAUGGAUUUCACAACCGACAAGCUUAGAUCGUUGGUGCGGAAGUGGCAAACUCUCAUAGAAGCGCAUGUUGAUGUUAAGACCACUGAUAAUUACACUUUGCGCUUGUUCUGUAUUGCCUUCACUAAGAGACGUCCAAAUCAAGUGAAGCGUACUUGUUAUGCCCAAUCUAGUCAGAUUCGACAGAUCCGUCGCAAAAUGACAGAAAUCAUGAUCAAUCAAGCUUCAUCAUGCGAUUUGAAGGAUUUGGUGCAGAAAUUUAUUCCCGAGGUCAUUGGUAAGGAGAUUGAGAAAGCAACAACCAGCAUUUUCCCUUUGCAAAAUGUUUUCAUUCGCAAAGUUAAAAUCCUGAAGGCCCCCAAGUUUGAUCUGGGAAAACUUAUGGAGGUCCAUGGUGAUUACAAGGAAGAUGUGGGUGUCAAACUGGAUAGACCUGCGGAAGAUGCCCAGAUGGAAGGUGAAGCAGAAGCUGUUGCAGCCUAAACUAUCGUUGGUUAGGUAUCUUGUUUCAAACAACUUAUUUUGUUGAGGACUUGUGCGAGCAUUGCAUUUGGCGUUCAAUUUGAUGAACUUGAAGCUUUGACAUGCCUUAUUUUUGUUGAUUCGAUCUUUUAUUUGACUUCAA